AUGCCACCCAAAGUGAUCGCCAGGAACGCAGAUCGGCAGGGCGGUGUGCUUCCCGUCAACGCAGCGGUGCGAGCAGGCCCAGCGAAAACUCAAGCACCCCGCCUUAAAUUGGAGGUCCGACGACUACCACCAGGACUGACACUGACGGAAUUCGAGGAGACGUUGGGCGAUGAGUGGAAGCUGAACAACGGCAAGGUGGACUGGAGGGAGUAUCGGCAGGGGAAGACACGCCUGGCGGGUUCAGGCAAGGUACCGGAGCAAAGUCGAUGCUACAUCCACCUGGCGAGCGAACCAUACGUGAAGGAGUUUGAAAAGCGCUUUCUCGAGGUCACGUUCCAAGACAAGGCUGGCACGCACAAAAACCCGGACUUGAAGCAUCUCGCACCCACCUUGGGCUUCGCACCGAACCAACGAACGCCAUUGCAGCAGCUGAAGCAGAGAACGGAUAACCGACAAGGGACGAUUGACCAGGAUCCCGAGUUCAUCGCCUUCCUCGAGGCCGAGACGCAACCUAUAACAAAGGCAUAUGCGCUUGAUGUGGCUCAUCAGGAGACAAAGGCCGAGAAAGCUGCAGUCAAGACCACACCAUUGAUUGAGGAUCUGAGGGAGAAGAAGGCGAACAAGGCAAAGGCUGCGCAGGCAAAGGCCGAGAAGGUGGAGCAGGAUAAGAAAGCCGCAAAAGCCGGUGGGAAAGCUGGCAAGGCUGCGGAGGAGAGGGAUGCUGCCGCAACUACUCAGCAGCAGAAGGUGGAGCAGGCUGCGAAGGAGGCAGGACGGGUCGCAAACAGGCAAGCUGCUGCUGUCAAGCAAGCCCAGCAGGCGAAAGCCGUCGCGCCUCUAGCAGCCAAGAAGCAGAAGCCGUCACCCAAGCCGACCAACGCGACUUCCAAUCCUUCUGCUGCUGCUUCAGGACCACCGAGCCCAGCACCACAGCGAGCCCCUGCCGGCCCCAGGCAAAGAGGCAACGCGGAUGGCAUCAAGAAGAUGCUGCAGAAGGACUUGGGUAUCAAGCCGAAAGCUGCUCCUCCAACCCCCUCUACAGCUCCUUCAGCAUCAACAACGACCUCGCCGCCGUCAACAGCCUCAACACCCGCUGCGCCCGCAACUUCCGCGAAACAGCCACCAUCAAAAGCCCCCACGACUCCACAAGCAUCGUCAGAUCAAAAGCCAUCGCCGCCAAAGGCCUACCUCAAGCACGCCAAUCCCUCACAAGGCAUGACGGAGAUACUCAUCCAGCAAGCUCUGUCACAGUAUGGUGACAUGGCGAGUGUGACCAUCGACCCUAGAAAAGGCACUGCGAUCGCAUUGUUCAAGGACAGCGAGGGGCUCAAGAAGGCUCUCGAGGCGAAGCGUGUCCCGGUCGCCAACGGAGCGGUCGAAGUGCUGGAGUUCAGGGAGAUUGGGACUCGAGGAUCGGCUGGGAGAGGGGGAUUCAGAGGUGGACGGGGUGGGAGGGUCGGUGCGAGAGGUGGUGCGCAGGGUAGUGCUGCUGCGAGUCCGGCGCCUGCUGCAUCAUCUGCUGGAUGA